CGCGUGAUGUUCCCCCAACUUGGGGAUACGCCUAGCAAAUCGUGGAUACAUUGUGUACAUAUGUAGGUAGAGGUAGCCUUGCAGAACCUAGAAGGUACGAGUACAGGACUUUCGUCCCCGGUCACGUGCGAUGAUCGUGGCAUUGAUCUGGCAGCGCGAACUCUGGUUGAGAACUCUGAAGUCCGUGACUCGCAAAUUCCUGGUUCUGGAAUCCACGUGAGACACCACACUGCUCACUCAAACAUAUCGCGGCCGGCAAUUUGCAUUCAGCCUCAGUAGUUGCACCACAGAACGGCGACUUUCCAACACUUGCGGUGGCAUCGCCGCUAAGUCGCUACGUUAUCAAACAAUGCACGCCUACCGGGGCCGCGCAGGGCCAUCCAAAUCGACGCCUGCCAACGUACAGUGCCAGAAGUGCCUCCAGCGAGGUCACUACUCGUAUGAGUGCACGGCGAAGCCCCAGGAACGCCCGUACGUUCCCAGGCCUUCGCGCACACAGCAGUUACUCAACCCCAAAUUGGUGCCGAAGCUCACCAACGACGUGCCAGAUGCUCUAUUGAAGAAGAAGGGCGGUGCCGACGAGGAGCUGGCCAAAAAGGAAGCUGAAAGGCAGAGGAAACGUGAACUUGAAGAGGACGAUGAGCCUAUUCCUAAAGACGACCAGCCUCAGAGACAGAGAUCAAGCUCAUAUGAUUCCGUCUCAACCCUGUCCACUAGGUCACCAAGCCCAGUUCCAUUAAGGAGGCGUUCUCCCUCACCACCCCCACUCAAGACCCGGAGCAAUCGAGGUGGUUCGCCUUCCGAUUCGGCAGGGCGUAGACGCUCCUUUAGUUCCGAGGAUGAAGGAUCCGGCCGAGGUUCUCUCAGCCGACAUUCAGCCCGUCGCCCCGGAAACUAUGGGAGCCGGCGAUCUCCUAGGCCUGGCCAUGAAGACGCAGCUCACGUAAGGCGCCGCAAUGCGUCAUCCGAGGGAGACGCGCGCCCUAGGAGGGAUUCGUCGGUCUCUAGCGAUUACCACAAGUCAAGGGACAGCCGCAGGCAGCCGCCACGGUUAGGCUCCAGGUCACCAAGCCGAUCACCACCGAGGGAGAGUCGGCGACCCCAACCUGAAGAUACCCGUCGAUACAGAGAUAGAGAUGACCGCCACCAGGGUUCGGAGGGCAGGAGGGAUGGCCAGCGGACACAGGCCAGAGCGCCACCUCAACCGCCACGCGAGCGCAGCCUUAGCCCCUUUAGCAAGAGAUUAGCCCUGACGCAAUCCAUGAACAUGGGGAGAUAGGAGAUAUGGGUAUCAAAUUGCAUACUCUAGUAAUUCGAGUCCGCUGCCAAGCGCCUGUCCCCCGAGUUCGGUAUGCCCGUGAAAUCAAUCUACGUCAGUCGUGAGGGAGGUGGGACAAAACAACAUGCCCGUAGCCUCAAGCCAAGUCGACCUCCUCUCGUUCCCUGCGUUCCUCUUCCUCCUCCUCCCUCUCCCUCAACCGUAU